GUGACACUUGACAUCCGCGACAUAUGACAUAUCCUUCAGUUUCCGGCGGCCAUAUUGUAAACGUCUGUGGAACAUUUAUUAGCCGUUUUCUACAUUCGUUACGAAAACCUCGGAAAAACGACGAAGCUAGUAGAUAAAUGUAAAUCUUGUUGCACCUUAAACCGAACUAAAGAUGGCUCGCUACGGUCAAAGACCAGAAAACGCUUUAAAACGCGCUAACGAAUUCAUCGAGGUAGGGAAACCUGCCAGAGCUUUGGAUACACUACAAGAGGUAUUCCGCAACAAAAAAUGGGCAUACAAUUGGUCAGAAUCGGUGUUGGAGCCGAUUAUGUUCAAAUAUUUGGACCUCUGUGUGGAGCUGAAAAAGUCGCACAUCGCCAAGGAAGGACUGUUUCAGUACCGGAACAUGUUCCAGUCCGUGAACGUGGGCUCCUUAGAAAACGUUAUAAGAGGGUAUUUACGGAUGGCUGAGGAGAAGACUGAGAAUGCAAGAGAGCAAUCAGCUCAGGCUGUGAUAGAUAUUGAUGAUCUUGAUAAUCUAGCAACUCCUGAAAGUAUUUUGCUAAGUGCAGUCUCUGGAGAAGAUGCCCAGGAUCGUUCAGACCGAACUAUCCUGACACCGUGGGUGAAGUUCCUCUGGGAGUCGUACUGCCAAUGCCUUGAGCUACUUAGAACUAAUGCUCAUGUAGAAAACCUUUAUCAUGAUAUCGCUAGGAUGGCAUUCCAGUUCUGCCUUAAAUAUAAUAGGAAAACUGAGUUUAGAAAGCUGUGUGACAAGCUUAGGAAACAUCUAGAGGAUAUUUGCAAGUUGCCACAGCAGGUAGCCAAUGUGUCCAUGUCAAAACCUGAAACUCAACAGCUCAACCUAGAGACACGUCUGCAUCAGCUGGAUUUUGCCAUCCAGAUGGAAUUGUGGCAGGAGGCUUAUAAAGCAAUCGAAGACAUCCACAAUUUGAUGAACCUGUCAAAGAAAAUGCCAGUACCGAAGACAAUGGCAAAUUAUUACCAAAAACUUGCAAUGGUAUUUUGGAAGGCUGGUAAUUACCUCUUCCAUGCAGCCGCCCUCUUUAAACUGUUCCAGUUAUCCAAAGAGAUGAAGAAAAAUAUCACACCUGAAGAACUGCAAAGAAUGGCAUGUAGAGUAUUAAUAGCUACACUUUCAAUACCGUUGCCGUCAGCCCAUCCGGAGUUUGAUAGGUUCAUUGAAACUGACAAGUCUCCAUUGGAGAAAGCACAGAGACUCGCAGUUUUGUUGGGCCUUUUCCAGCCACCUACUAGAGCAAGUUUGCUCAAAGAUGUGGUUCGCGUGAACGUGGUGAAUUUAGCCAGUCCUCAACUCCAAGAGUUGUACACGUGGUUGGAGGUCGAUUUCCAUCCCCUAUUGCUGUGCGAAAGGGUGCAUGGGGUCAUAAAGACACUAGAGGCAGAGGAGAAUUCUCUCUUGCAACAGUACGUACCUGCUUUGCAAGAUGUUACUCUGGUGAGGCUUGUGAGGCAGAUCGCGCAGGUUUAUCAGACCAUUGAAUUUGCAAGACUCAUAGAAGUGGCGAAAUUCACUACACCCUUCCAUUUGGAACGUCUAUUGGUAGAUUGCGUACGUCAUAACGACAUGCAAAUCCGUAUAGAUCACGGCAAGAACUGCAUCCACUUUGGCAUGGAUCUCAGCGAAAGUCAACGCGAAGACAAGCCCGAAGGUCCGACUUUGCAAGUGAUGCCCAGCGAACAGGUCAGAAAUCAACUGGUGAACAUGUCAACGGUCCUUAAUAGAGCUGUCAACGUGAUAAACCCCAACAAGAAGAGAGCCGAAAGGGAGAAACUUAGAACGGCAAUGGUUCAAAUGUAUCAUGAGACAAAGGUCAGGGAGCAUCAGAAGAUUUUGCAGAGGCACAAGAUAAUUGAAGAUAGAAAAGAAUAUAUUGAGAGGUUGAAUACUGUACGAGAAGAGGAAGAGCAGAAAAGAUUAGAGGAGAUGCAGCGGCAACAUAUAAUGGCUGAACAGAAACGCUUGGAGCAUGAGAGGGAAGAAAGAGAAAGAAAAAGGGCUUUGAAUGAGAUACAACAAAUAAAGGAUAGGCAGUUUAAGGAAAAGCUGCAGCAGAUCAUCCAGACCGGUCAUGGGCAAAAGAUCCUCAAGAAAAUGGAUGAAGAUGACAUAAAAAAACUAGACGCCGAUCAGAUAGCAGCAAAAGAAGCUGAAGAGCUGCAGAAAGAAAGAAGAGAACUGCAGGCUAAGCUGAAAUCGCAGGAAAAGAAGGUAGACUACUUCGAGAGAGCCAAACGAUUGGAGGAAAUUCCUCUAAUACAGGCUGCCAUCAAAGAAAGGCAACUACAGGAUCAACAGUUCUGGGAGCAGCAAGAAAAGGAGCGUAUUGCUGCUGCGGUUGAAGAGAGAAAGUUGGCUGUAGCUACUAGAGAUAGGUUGGCCAGAAUGAAGCCGGACAAGGAAGAGUUCCUCCAGAGACUGAAGAAAGAACGUAACCAGAUGUACGAGGAUAAAUUGAAAGAGUUCGAGAAGAUGCUGGCGGAGGAAAGAAAGAAGAGACUCGCUGAGAGGAAGGCUAAAAGGAAGGAGGAGAGACAAGCCAAAUGGCUGAAGGAGAAACAAGAGGAAGCAGAACGCAAAGCUGCCGAGCAACGUCGUCGCGAAGAAGAAGAGCAGCAGCGGAUCGAGGAGGCGGCCCGCAAGGAGCGCGAAGAAAGGGAACUUCAGGAGAGGGAGGAGCGAGAGCGCAAAAAGCGCGAACAUCAGGAGAUGCUCGACAGGAUGGCGGCCAUACAGAAAGCGAGGGAGGAGGAAAUCGAGAGAAAGUUGCAAGAAGAGAAGGAGAAAGGCAGAGAUAGAGAGGUGUCUUCGUGGAGAAGAGGCGGCGAUAAAGAAGAUAGAAGAGAUGAAAGAAAACCUGCUGCCGGCGGCGGUGGAUCAUCCUGGAGAAACGCGGCAGAUGCUAGGGAUGCAAAAGAUUCCAGAGAUAAAGAUACCAGAGACUCUCGCGACAUCAAGGAUUCGAGGGAUUCCAGAGAUUCCAGGGACACUAAGGAUUCGCGAGACAAAGAAGAGAGAAAGCCUGAUGUCUGGAGGCCAUCUCGCUUGCGAUCAGAUGAUGCGAAGGGAGGUGACAGUUGGCGUAUGGGCGGUGACAAGAAGGAAGAUAGCAGGGACAGCGGCAGGAGCGGAUUCGAAAGGGACAGAGACAGGGACAGAUAUGGAGAUAGAGACAGAUUCACCAGAGAUAGAAGACCGGACGAUAAAGAUAGGAGGGACGAUUUUAGAAGGGAUGACAGGGAUAGAAGAGAUGAUAGAGAUAGAAGGGACGAUAGAAGAGAUGAUCGAGAUAGAAGAGAUGAUAGAGAUAGAAGAGAUGACAGAGAUAGAAGAGAUGAUAGAGACAGGAGAGAUGACAGGGAUAGAAGAGAUGAUAGGGAUAGAAGGGGCGAAGAUACCGGCAGCUCCUGGAGGAACGCGAGGAAGCCGGAUGAGGAGCGCAGAUCAGGUGCACCAUCUAGAACGGACGCUUGGCGUUCCAAAGAUUCUGAGCGUAGAGACGAGCCGCUAAGAAGGGGAGGGGACGACAAGAGAGGUGGGGAUGCCGGAAGAGAUGACAGAAGGGGUGAUAAGAGAGAUGAUAAGGACGGGAAGAGCGCUCCGCCACCAAAGGAGAAACCUCGCGAACCACAGACAUCAGGCAACCAACAGCAGCCAUCGGAGGAAGAAGACGGCUGGUUACCGGCUCCGAGACGUCGAUAGAUUAAAUAUUGAUUGACCGUUGUUUUUCUAGAUAUCUUUUAGGUUAUUUCACAUAUUCUACAUAUACGGUAAUUUCCUUUUUGUUUACAGGUUUUUAUUGGAAAUGGUAGCGCAUUUGUAAUAUUAAAUCUGUGUACCACUGCGGGUGUAUAACGCUUUUAUUGUAUAUUUUGAGAACUGUUACUAGUGAUCAAUAAAUAAUACAUAUUACAGAA